AUGCUUCCUCUCCCUGCUGUCUCUGCUGGGGCCGCUCCUCGACCACUCCUUGGCCUCUCUCUGUGUCCUCGACUCGAUCCCAGCGGGCUUUGCCACGCCAGCCCGGAGCGACGAUCAAACGCACACCCCGACACUGGACGCGCCCCCCCUCCCGUCGGCCCAUACCAACGAUUCUGGUCGCCAAAGUCUCCCAAGGGCGCGCGGCAAACCCAGUUACACAUCCAGGGCCACCAGCGCCAUCGCCACGCCUCGCACCGUUUCGCACUCGCUCGUUGGAGAGCCUCCGUCCGUGUGCUACGUCCUGCUACAGCUCUGGGCCUUGAGGAGGAGAAAGCUGUCGAGGUGCAGAUGCGACGGAUGUCCGACCCGACUUCGAGAACACAAUACUCUGGCCCGGUCUGUUGUCCGGAAAAGGGCAGAAGCCACAGAGACGCCGGCCCUGCGGCUGAUGUGGAGCUCAGCCACUUCCCAUCCGCCACCGGACGCAAGCCGGAAGCGCGAUGCGUCGACUUGCUUUGCCCUUCAUUCAUCCCUUUGGCUGGCUACUCUGCACAUAGCAGUAACCCCCAUGCUAAUGCUCGUCGUCGACCCAACGACACGGCGGCCCGUCGCGUCGCUACCUGGAGGUUCAACGAGCCCCUGCCAUCAUCGUGUGACAGGGCGACGCACGCAAUCACACCUUAUCCAGCCUCCCGGACUGCUCUGACCACGGAGUACGUACCCCCAACUCCACCAGGCCGGCUUGCCCUUGGUGAUGGCGACGGGUUGGUGGCCGUCAAAAUGAGGCCCCAUGCGGGUGCCCUUCCCGUCAUUGGAUCGUGCCUCCUGGUGGGGCGAUGUUGGCACGCCUUGUGCACGUUGAAUCUGGGAUGGGCCCCCCUAUCCAACCGAACGGUUCUUUUACCGGACGUGGUGAUCGGUUCCCACAGAACCUCCCACUUCCCAUCACGAAUGACACCCGACGGCCGAUACGUACAACAUCCACUCCCGUUGACGAACCCGGCCGAUGGCCAAGACAGGGGCAAGAGGAUCCAGCACCCUGUUUCGUCCACGUGCCACUAUCACCCGUCAAUUGCUGGGGACAUCUUUUCCCCAUCUGCCUCCCCACAAGAGGGUUUUGACACGGUCCACCAUCCAUCAACUGCAACCCACAUCCCGCCGCUCGUUAUGCCGCCGCGAAUCCAAAGAGCUUACGUACGCCGUCCCACUGUGGCCCAAGCUUGUCUUGUGUUUACGCCUCAAUCACCAAGCCAGAUGGUCCUAGUCCCGGAGCUCCUCUCCGACUGA